CGUUUCGUUUUGAACGUGAACAGUUUCGAAUUCGUAAACAGUGUCGCGAGUUUAAAAUCAUCAUUAUGUGUAGUGCGAUUUGAUUGUUUGCUACUUUUAAAUUUUAAGGGAGAAUCAUCGCAGCAUCGAGGUAAAUCCCACGUUCAUCGGUUAUUCGGUUGCACAGGAAGAUGUCAUCACCCAGUCAUAUCACUCUCAGCCAAGCUUCGAGUUAUCAGCUCGAAAAAGAUUUCAAUAUAAAUAGCCUAGUGUGCAGAUUACAAGCGUUACUGGAAAAUAAUUUCUCACUCGAAGAUCUCUCUCUGAAUUUAAGAUCCUUGCUAGACACAUUGGAACAAUGUUUCUCGAAAUGUGUAGUCGAAUCGCUCGAGGAGCAAGUUUUCAAAAAAGUUUUACCGAAGGCUCAACAUAUCCUGUCACAGACUGUGAAAUCCAUAGACGACACAAUAAUGAGCGAUAACGUGAAAAUCAAUGAUCUGGAUGGUGUCAAACAACUGCACAUAUGUGACUGUGUGCUCGCCUUCUGCAGGAAAUGUUUAGAACAUGUUUUCGCACUUGAAAAAGUUCGAGCUCCUUAUGUCACAUCGUUAUGCGACAUUUUGCCCGAAAUGAUAAAAAUUAUUUUUGAACAUUGCAAAGCCAGCCCAAAAUACGGAAUAUUAUUGAACGGUUCGAUACAAGAAUUGAGGACUUUAUUCAGAAGAGGAGGUGAGAUCUUCAAACUAUUCUUUGCCACUUUGGACGGCGUAAUUGUCUUCGACACGGACGUGCAAUCGGAAACGGAGCUGUUGUCGAAAGUAAUCGAUGCGUUCAGCAAAAUUGCUUCUAUCUCAAACGGGAUGGACACAAAGACGUUCGUUGAAUUAUCCGAGGCAUUUGCUAAGCUGGCGUUCGUUUAUCAUGACAAUAUUAAAUCAAUCAAAUCAAACAGCGUCGCGAUGAAUCUUGUACAAAUGAUGAAAGAUGUGUCUUGUAUUUUGUCCACGAUCAAGGAUCAGAAGGAUAAGAACGCGGAACGAAAUAUAAUGGUCGCUAUGCGUUUACUGCAAAUUCUCCAGAAAUUAAUAGCUGUCUACAAUGAAUGUUUCACCCAUGAAGUGAUGUCACAUUUAGUGGAACUUAUGAUGCACGUGCAGAGAUAUUCAUGCUUAAGUUCAACAGUAGGGGAUGAAAAAUUAAUCCCAAUCAAUACCAUGUCUUUCUUAGAUAUUAUCUUUAAUCACGAUGAUUUCAAACAGGUGUAUUUCGAGUAUGGAAAGCAAAUAGUCUCGCAUGAUCAACAUGUGAAUUAUUAUUUAUUGACAAUCGCUAUUAUGAAAAAAUUAAACAACGUGUCAUACGAGGAUUAUAGCAAAUGGUCUCUGGGUUCGGAUUCGAUCUUAGACAUUGCACUGUCAUAUAUAGAAUAUCUCGGAGAAGAAAUCUGUGUCGGAGAGUUAAGAUUAGGCAUUCACGAGGUGGACGAACCACCACAGUUAAUCAAUGUCUAUGAGGCAACUCUGAUAUCUUUUUAUAAUCUUGUAAAUAAGAUUAGAUCAGAAGACUUUCACAUAAUUGAAACACUUCUACUAAAGUAUCUAUUGUGUGGUCACUUUUGGAGCUCUCUGCUAAGUUCGGAAGUUUGGUGCUUUAUUGGCAGGCUCGGAACUUCGCAACUGUGUGCCGAUCAUAUCAAACAUCUCAUCAAAAUCUCCGUCACUUUAGCAGAAAGAUGUGACAGCAUAGAAAUGAUCAUGCUAGAUCAUAUGAUUAUCAGUCUAUUCGAUCUAUUGACCGCAGAUAUGAAAUCUGCUCUUCUCAAGAAUCUCGUCGAAAAUCUGGAUACAAAUAAUUACGUACCCAUCUUGUAUUUAUUAGUAGCGAGAACUAAAGGUUUUUCGUCGGAACGAUUACGGCAAAAAUCGGAGGACUUGCCGAAGGCUUUGGAUCUGCAAGAACAUCCUUCUACUCGCAAUUGGAAACAUCUUAUGCAAUCCGUAUCCGCAAUGGUAGCAGUCGAUUAUAGCGAUAACAAGGAUAUUAUCGAAGUUUUAACUAAAAUAUGGAGUUUCAUGGAAAAUGUAAUCAUUAAAUGCGAAGACAAACAAUUAAACAUAUUAACUGAUUUGUUUGUUAGUCUUCUCGACGCUACACGUCUCGAAAGUCUUCAGAAUAAUUUUUGUUCGAUUUUGAAGUCUAUCGCGACUUCAUGCGCCUAUCUGCCUUCCCGGGGUAAAAUUAAGAUCUGUCAUUUUCUACGACGAUCUGUUGAUAAUCUCAAUCGUAGUGAAGACCAAAGUGUCGCGUCCAUCUUGAUCGGGUUAUUCGCUCAUCUACUGGAAAACGAAAACCCUUGGGUACGUCAGGAAGCCCUGGAGACUUUCGAAUAUAUGGGACAAAGAUGUUCGGAGCAACUGAUCGCUAAAGUAGCGAAGGCUCUAGCUAAAAUACCCAACAUCAACAACAUUAUGCAAGCUUACUUAUCCUCAAAACCGUGCUAUUCCCUGGAAGGUUUUUCAAACAUACAGGACUAUCUUAGAUACUUGGUUGGAGCUAUGCAAAACCGCAAGGAGCACACGUGCUACGAGUACAAUGAAUCUGAAAGAGAGGAGAAGAUACCGAGGCUGGAAAAAGCAGAAAACUCGUGCGACGUUAUGCCGAUAUCGAUACAAUUAGAUGAACGAGCCGAGGAGCUAUGCAAAUGCUUGGCAAAGGUAAUGGAAGGUCGGGCUGUUAUCAGCGAUACUGUUUGUAGGAAACUGAUAACUAUUUUAGAAAAAAUUCUUCUAACAAAGUAAAAUUUUGUGGAACUAAUAAUACAUCUUUUCUAUCUAUUUUUUCUAUUCUAUACAUAUAUAAUAAAAGUUAGAAUAAUCUGCCGGUGAUAAAGAUAAGGAUUGAAUUAUCAGAAAUAGCAAUAGUAUUUGAAAAAAGAUUAUUAAAUAAAUAAAAGAUAAAUUA